AUUUGCAGACAGUCUCUCUCACACACAGUGAUGUCAGUCCCUUUAAUAAUUGUUCAGUCAUCGUUAUCUUGAUUUAAAUCGCCUACUGAUGACCCGAUUGAUUAUGAUUUCACGGCGAGUGAUAAGCAUUGCUGGACUGGCUUGGCCUGGAUUAUUGUUGAAUUGGCACUGUGCAUUUUAUUGCUGAAACGCAAUCUACAGCGACAUGAGGACGCGUCCUACCGGCAACAAAUCCAACGCAGACUGGAUGGGGUCCCUGUGCCCUGCGCUAACAUCAAUGCCCCUGAAACACCUUGCGGUGCCCGGGUCUCAUGAUUCCUUCAGCUUCUGGGUGGAUGAGCAAGCUCCAGUCGGUCCAGACCAGAAAGCAUAUGUCAAGCAUCUGGCUGCAGUGUUUCGCUUCCUGGCCAAGAAGGUGAUGAAGAAAUGGUCCAUGACCCAGAACCUCACCUUCAGGGAACAGCUUGAGGGCGGGAUUCGCUAUUUUGACCUGCGUGUGUCCUCCAAACCAGGCGAACCAGGGCACGAGGUAUACUUUAUCCAUGGGCUGUUUGGGCACAAAGUACGUGAUGGCCUUAAUGACAUUAACCAUUUUCUAAACACACACAAAAAAGAGGUUGUCUUUCUUGACUUUAAUCACCACUAUGCAAUGAGUGAGGAACAUCAUCACUACCUAAUCAAAAUGCUAAAGGAAGUGUUCUGCCACAAGCUCUGUAAGAUCGACGAGGUGGAGGAAAUCACCCUCAACUACCUGUGGGAGAACAGGUACCAGGUCCUAGUGUUCUACCAUCAUCCAUCUGCUGAGGGCUGCAAUCUGAUGUGGCCUGGUAGUAAAAUUCCUGCCCCCUGGGCCAAUACCACAGACACCACCAAGCUUAUCCAGUUUCUGGAAACCACUCUGGGUGAACGAGCCAAAUAUGGGAGCUUCCAUGUAUCUCAGGCCAUUCUCACCCCACGUGUCAAGACCAUCGCCAGUGGCUUGGUGCGUGGGCUGCGGAACUACCUGGUGGAGAAGAACCUUCCAACUAUAAUGUCUUGGGUGGAGGCGCAAAAGCCAGGCGUGAAUGGUGUCAAUAUUAUUACUUCAGAUUUCGUAGAACUUGUGGACUUUGCAAACACUGUCAUUAGGCUAAAUAACCUCCUCCUUAAAGAUCGGUCAGGCACAUGACCUUUGCAGUGACUUCCAACACACCAGUCCUAAUGGAUUACUGAAGACUGAAGGCAUGAGCAUGAAGACCAAGAAUAACAAGGUGGUCAUAAUGGAAUCAUGUGAUUAUCAAGACAAAUACCUAUGACAUAUCAGGUGACAGAUAUUGUUGGCCAAAUGAGCUCUAAACAUGCUAUUUGUUUAAUCAGUCAUGUUUCACUCAAACUUUAAGUGCCAUCAGUCUGAAACUAACGUGCUGCUAAUAUCAUUGGAAAUCUAAAGACAACAACAGCUAUCCUUUAAAUCUGUUGGAGAAACGGUAACCCUAGUCUGAAAGUAUGUGUGCUUGUGUAAUUGUUUAUAGCUAUUUAUUAUGUUAGCAUUAGCACAUAUUUUAAUAAACAUUAAAAGUUUAUUUUAUCAAAUAGAAAAUGUCUUUUGGUUACCACCAUAUAGCCAUGUUCUCAGCCCAAGAACAAAAAGGUCACCAAGUGUUAUUUUGCAGAGUUCAGUUUUGCAAGAUACAAUUUUAAAUGUGUGUUUUGAAGGCCUGGAAAAGUCAUGGAAAUUAAUAAAAUUUUAAAUCAUGAAAAUAAUUUCUAUAGUUCAAUUCUAUUCUAGCUAGAUUUUGCCCGUGUGGAGUAAAACUUGCUUGCGGGCCAAAGUGAUGUUCGAUUUGUAAGUGUAUUUUUCUUUUCAGUGAAUUUGUUUCACAAAUCAUUCUAAAUGAUUCAUUAGCAAAUCUGUCUGAAGGAUGAUAUUUAAAAAUAAUGAUCAAGGUCAUAGAAAAGUCAUGAAAUGUCAUUGGUUAGAAAGGGUAGGAACCCUUGUUGUGUCACUUGCCCUUAUUUUGUAUGAUCUCUGCACUGUGAGUGGUUUAACAAUGGCUCAUGUGACUACCUCAUGUGACCCACAGUUUCUGGUCUUUGUUUGUGUUUUCCUUAGAUGGAAGAUGUCGGCCACUUUGAUGGAGCCCCUUUUUUUGACAACCACUGCAAUAAAACAAU